AAGGCUGGUUUGCUGAGACACCCCCAAGUCGUCGCCCCCCGUGACACCAGAGAUGACACCCGUGGUGGCUUUCCUGCUCCUGAGCCUUCUGAGGACGGCAGCACCCAAGGGAGUGCGGUGCCCAGCCUGCGGGUUGGCGGCCCUCACCCCCACCACGCAACGGGACGUCCUCAUCGCGUUGGCCAAGCAGAGCAUCCUCUCCAAGCUCCACUUGGAGGACAGGCCCAACAUCACCAAGCCCACGUCCAGGGGGGCUCUGCUGACCGCUCUCCGCAGGAUGCGUGCGCAGCGCACGGACACGGCCUUCUCCCCGGGGCUGCCCCGGGACGGUGGUGCCCCACACCCGCGGCCUGGGACGGCUGUGCAGGAAUAUGAGAUCUUGAGCUUUGCUGAGCCAGGGUCCUCCACCUCCCGCAGCCUUCGCCUGCAUUUCCAUUUCACCCGGGAGCUGGCUGGGAGCACCGAGAUCCUCCAAGCCACCCUCUACCUCUUCUGGACAGUCCCCGACCCCGGGAGGCACCUUGUCACCCUCAGGCUCUUGCAGCCAGACCCAAAGGGACUGAACGUGACCGUGGCCAGCGAGACACGGCUGGAGGUGCAGAGGGGUGGUUGGGCCACGCUGGACGUGGGCCAAGCUGUCCAGAACCUCUUCAGCCGAGGGAGCCAGAAGCUGAUUGUGGAGCUGGAGGUGGCAGAGGACCGAGGUUCUCCUCUCCUUGCCGUCCGCAGUGAUUCCCACUGGCCGUUUGUGGCAGCCCAAGCCCGGGCCAGGAGGCCCCACAGGGUCCAGCGUCGCGGCAUCGAUUGCAGCGGGGACUCUCGGAUGUGCUGCCGCAAGGAAUUCUUCGUGGACUUCAAGGAGAUCGGCUGGGAAGACUGGAUCAUCCAGCCGGAGGGAUAUCACAUGAACUACUGUACGGGGCUCUGCCCCCUGCACAUGGCUGGCAUCCCCGGACUUGCUGCCUCCUUCCACACGGCCGUCCUCAACCUCAUCAAAGCCAACAACGCGGACGCAGCCGUGGACUCCUGUUGCGUCCCCACACACCGUCGUCCCCUCUCUCUGCUCUACUACGACCGGGACAAAAACAUCGUCAAGACCGACAUCCCCGACAUGAUUGUCGAUGCCUGUGGUUGUACCUGACCGGGUGCCUGAGGAGCGGGGAGGGCAGGAUGGGUGCUGGGCAGGGCUCUCCUCCUCCCAGCCCCUCUCUGCCAGCGUGAGACCUGGCGAACUGCUGAGAGAUGGGAGCCCUCUCAAAGUGUUUUCUCCUCCUGAGGUUCAAGCAUCGAGGGCGAUGCUGGAUCUGCAAGUCCUCUCCUCCCUCACCUCCCACGCGGCUCUGUUCCCCCUUCUCAUCUGCCCAUGGAUUCCUCCCUGCCCACGAGCCACGGUCUCUAGGGCUGGCUCCUGGUGGACACCAGACCUUUCUCCCCGCAGGGCUCUCCCCGGGCAGCUCGGGGCAGCCCCAGCUCGUCCUGCUGCUGGUCCCAGGCCAAGGCCACGGCGCAGCCCUCGGUGCUGCAACACGAAUACGUUGCUCUUCAGGUCACGGGUCCCAGCAGUGGCCACCUCAGGCUGCUGGAGAAGACAGAAGCUGAAAAGAUGCUGGGGGAUGGCUAGGCCAGAGGGGAGAGGGCCAUCCGUGGGGCCCCACUCCUCAGCCAGACAUGAUGUUGAGGGGGGUGAGGAAGGGGAAAUUGAUCCCAGUAGGAGGAAAGUGUCUCCUUCUCCAAGCAUCCCGGUGUUCAAUAAAAGACUCC